UUGGAAAGCAAUCAGGGCGGGAAAGAAGAAGAAAGCAACGCUGGUCUCGAGAGGGGGAUCUCGCUCGCGCCCCUGCCGCCUUCCUUCCGCUUCCUGCGCGGGUGGCUGCCCUACUCUGGCUCUGCCUUUCUUCCUGCUGCUGCUGCUGCUGCUGCUUCCUAGGCUCCUUUUGACUCUUGCCUUUCUGUUCCCUCUCUUGGACCCUGGUCCCUGGACCUCUCUGCCCGGAUGGGACAUCACAACUCCCCAGGGAGGAGGCAAUGAGGAGAAGCCUGGCUCCUAGCCAGCUAGCCAAGAGAAAGCCUGGAGGAGACAGUUCUGAAGAGGAAGAUGACUGGCGACCAGAAACUAUUCCAAAAAGGCAGAAACAUGGCAGCAAGGCUGAUAACAAGGAAUGUUAUAUCUCACCUUUCCGGAAACCCUUGGCUCAGUUAACCAAUCGGCCUCACUGCCUUGAUGGCAGCAAACAUGAGGCUUUUAUCCGCAGCAUUUUGUCAAAACCUUUCAAAGUUCCUAUUCCAAAUUAUACAGGAUCUCUGGGCUUAAAGGCCCUGGGUAUUAAACGUGCAGGGGUUAGGCAUGCUCUCCAUGAUCCUUUUGAAGAAGGGGCUCUGGUGCUGUAUGAACCUCCAACUUUGAGUGCUCACGAUCAGCUGAAAAUUGACAAGGACAAAAUUCCUGUUCAUGUGGUAGUGGAUCCUGUUCUCAGCCGUGUUUUGCGUCCCCAUCAGAGAGAGGGAGUGAAAUUCCUGUGGGAGUGUGUGACAGGCCGUCGGAUCCCUGGAAGUCAUGGCUGCAUCAUGGCUGAUGAGAUGGGUCUGGGUAAGACCCUGCAAUGCAUCACUUUGAUGUGGACACUCUUGCGCCAAAGUCCAGACUGCAAACCUGAAAUUGACAAGGCCAUUGUCGUCUCACCUUCCAGCCUGGUGAAAAACUGGUACAAUGAGGUGGGCAAAUGGCUUGGAGGAAGGAUCCAGCCAUUGGCUAUUGAUGGAGGCUCUAAAGAGGACAUAGACACUAAGCUAGCUGGAUUUAUGAAUCAGAGAGGUCUUAGAGUACCAUCCCCCAUCCUGAUUAUUUCCUAUGAGACAUUCCGGCUUCAUGCUGAAGUUCUUCAGAAAGGGAGUGUCGGGUUGGUCAUAUGCGAUGAGGGUCACAGGCUCAAGAACUCAGACAACCAGACAUACCAGGCUCUCUACAACUUGAAAACACCACGUCGGGUACUCAUCUCAGGAACACCAAUUCAGAACGACCUUCUUGAAUACUUCAGCCUGGUACAUUUUGUCAACUCAGGCAUCCUAGGAACAGCUCAGGAGUUUAAAAAGCACUUUGAAAUUCCCAUUCUAAAAGGCAGGGAUGCUGAUGCAAGUGAAGCAGGAAGACACAAGGGGGAGGAGAGACUUAAAGAACUCAUCAGUAUUGUCAACAGAUGUCUUAUAAGGAGGACUUCAGAUAUUCUCUCAAAAUAUCUACCAGUGAAAAUAGAGCAAGUGGUGUGCUGCAGACUGACUCCUCUUCAAUCUGAGCUGUACAAACAGUUCCUGAAGCAAGCAAAACCAGCUGAAGAUCUGAAAGAGGGAAAAAUUAGUGUAUCCUCUCUCUCCUCAAUCACAUCUCUGAAGAAGCUCUGUAAUCACCCUGCCCUGAUCUAUGACAAGUGUGUGGAGGAGGAAGAAGGGUUUGUGGGUGCUCUGAAGUUGUUCCCUUCUGGCUACAGCACCAAAUCUCUGGAACCUCAGCUCUCUGGGAAGAUGCUGGUUUUAGACUAUAUUCUGGCAAUUACUAGGAGCACUAGUAAUGAUAAAGUUGUCUUGGUGUCUAAUUACACCCAAACACUGGACCUCUUUGAGAAACUUUGCAGAAGCAGAAGGUACUUGUAUGCUCGUCUGGAUGGCACCAUGUCAAUUAAAAAGAGGGCAAAGAUAGUGGAGCAUUUCAACAGUGUUUCUAGCCCCGAGUUCAUUUUUAUGCUGAGCAGCAAAGCUGGUGGCUGUGGCUUAAAUCUGAUUGGAGCAAACAGACUUGUGAUGUUUGAUCCAGACUGGAAUCCAGCCAAUGAUGAACAAGCCAUGGCCCGUGUAUGGAGAGAUGGCCAAAAGAAGACUUGCUAUAUAUAUCGUCUGCUCUCGACAGGGACUAUUGAAGAAAAAAUCUUCCAGCGUCAGACACACAAGAAGGCUCUCAGCAGCUGUGUAGUUGAUGAGGAGCAAGAUGUAGAAAGACACUUUUCUCUUGGGGAACUGAAGGAGCUUUUCACACUCAGUGAGACCACCACAAGUGACACCCAUGACAAGAUCAAGUGUCGUCGCUGUGUGAAUGGCCAUCAAGUCAGGCCACCUCCAGAAGGGUCUGACUGCACUUCUGAUCUAUCCCAGUGGAAUCACUGUGCUGAUAAACGUGGCCUCCAGGACACUGUCCUCAAAGCUGCUUGGGAUGCUGCUGUCACCUUCACAUUCCAUCAUCAUUCCCAUGAAGAGCAGCGGGGAAUUCCAUGACCAUUAGUUUCAUCUUCUGGAGCUUAAGUUACUUCUUUUAAGAAAGCAGUUAUUUGAUACUACUACAUUGGUUAUCUUCAUCAGAGUCAUUAGGGGAAACAUCCUCUCCCCAAGAAAGCAUCAAAAAGACUUUCUUUUCUGUAUGAUCUAUUACAGACUGCUUUUAGAAAAGACUUCCCUGAACAAACAUCACUUGGUCACUGGAUAGAUUGUUGGUGAAGCAGGCUUCUACAAGUACCAAUUGUUUAAAGUAAUCUUUCACUUUUAGCAUCCAGCUACUGAGCAUUUCCAGCAAAGAACAGACUAAACAUGUUAAUGAUGUCUGGUGUCUGACCAAUGCCAGAAGCCCCUGUUAUAAAGUUACAUCCUUGUACUUACAUCCCACUCAAGCAAGAUGAUGCACAGUACUAAGUAUUUGCACCCCCCCCCCCCCAAUCAUUCGUCUUGACUGCCACUUUCACAGAGGAAGCCUGAAAAGAUGCCUGUCUAAUCAUUCUGGUAACCAUUUACCUCUUAACUUAUUUUGCUAGAGCAGAUUAAAGCAUCAAAUAAUUUUAAUAAAUUAUAGCACAGUUUUAAGAUAAAAAUCAAAUUUGAUUGCCUCAUACCAAAAUUACUGUUACAAACUUUUUGUCUUCUACAAUAAAGUCACAGCUAAAACUGAAAAAUUAUUGUGCUGAACAUAGCAUGUCUGCGAUAAGGAACAAGAUAAAGUACUUAUUUAAAAACAAGACUGAAUAUAAUAAAACGUAAAUUGAUGGGAAGAAGAAAUUGGGAUGAGCUUUUCCCCCCAAAAGUAGGGAGGCUUCAUUCUUAAUGUAGGAAGCUGAAUUAUGUUUGACACAUGAUGUAUACAGGAAGACUACAGUGACUGAAGAAAGAAUCACAGUAUAUGUGUUCACUUUUGAUGUUCCAAUUUGUCCUUUGGAUUAUGUUGCUAGGUCUGUAAAAUUAAACCUUUCCUAUAUCAAAAUCA